AUGUUAGGGACGGCGGUGGUCGUGUUCCUGUGUUCGUGGCUGGCAGCGGCCGGUGGCGCGCGGCCCGCGGCGCCGCGCAACGUGCCGCGCUGCUGCCCGGCGGGCCAGGCGCUGCCGCCCGCCGCGCUGCGGGCCGACCUGCUGCCCGCCGCGGCCCUGCCCGCCGCCUGCCGCCCGGCCGCCUCCGAGCCCUGGGCGCCGCUCGUGUACGCGCCUCUUCACAACUCCUACCUCGAACGGGGACGGCUGCCGCUGCACUGGCGACUGGCGUUUUCUCACGUGCCCGCAUGUCUAGAAUUGCGUAUAUUGCCGGAACACGCCGCACCUUAUGCGCUUCUUGCAAACAAUGGAUACCUGUUGAUGCGCGGAGCGGCGGUGGCGCUUCCGCCCGAACGGUAUUGCGCGGAUGCGGUCGCGGCCCUCGUGUGCGCCGAGGACGCCGGCGGCCGAGGACCUUCUAAGUGUUGCUCCGAGGGGCGCGCUUUUGACGGCUUCAGUUGCGUGGAGGACAAAAGCCGUGCGUUAGAAGCCCUGAACGAACUACGUGAAAUCGCGAACGGUAGUGCAGUGGGUACCGGAUGGCCGGCGUGCGCGGAUGGUUCGCAGUAUGCGGUGGCGGGCGCGCUGAGCGGCUCGAAGCUCCUCGAAGGCGGUGCGCUGGAGCUGCACGGGGAGAAGCGCCUGGAGGCGGGCGCGUGGUGCGCGGAGGCGGUCGCGGGCGAGGCCGGCACGCGGGUGCUGGCCUGCGAGGCGGCUGCGCGGGCGUCGCAGCCGGCGCAGACGGCUCGGCACGCGCUGUACGGCGCGGGGCUGGCCGUGGGCGCCGCCUUCCUGGCGGCUACGCUGGCGGCCGGUUUCGCGCUGCCGGCGGCGCACCACGCGCUACACUGGCGCUGCCAAACGCACUACGUGGCCGCGCUCAUGCUGGGAGAUGUGCUGCUGGCCGCCACGCAGCUGGCCGGAGACCGCGUGCCGCCCACGCUAUGUCGCGCACUCGCUGUGUGUAUGCAUUUCCUCUUUCUGUCGGCGUUCUUCUGGCUGAACACUAUGUGUUUUAACAUCUGGUGGACGUUUAGGGACUUCCGGCCGACGUCGCUGGAGCGCGGGCAGGAGGCGUGCCGCCUGCGUGUGUACAUGGUGUACGCGUGGGGCGGGCCGCUGGUGGUGGCGGGCGUGGCCGCGCUGCUGGACCACCUGCCGCCCGGCGCCGCGCCCGGCCUGCUGCGCCCGCGCUUCGCCGUGCAGCGCUGCUGGUUCUACGGCGACAUGGAGAUCCUCGUCUACUUUUUCGGGCCCGUCGGCGUGCUACUGCUCGUCAACCUCGCGCUCUUCAUCUCCACUACCCGCCAGCUCACGUGCGGCCUCUGGCGACGCGACGAAGUCAAGUCCACUUCGGAAAGGGCGGCCCUCGGACGCGUCUGCGCGAAGCUGGUGGUGGUGAUGGGCGUGACCUGGGGCGCGGACGUGGUGUCGUGGGCGGCCGGCGGGCCGGAGUACGUGUGGUACGCCACGGACCUGCUGAACGCGCUGCAGGGCGUGUUCAUCUUCCUGGUGGUGGGCUGCCAGCCGCACGCGUGGGCGGCGCUGAAGCGCGCGGCGGCGGCGUGGUGCGCGCGCGCGCCCGGCGGCGCCGCGCACUCGUCCUCGCAGCUGCCGUCGUGCGGCGAGUCGCUCACGCACACCACGGCGGCGCCCGCCCCCGCGCCCGCCCCGCCGCGCCUGCCCAUGGAGACCGUGUGCUGACCGCGCGGCGCGCCCGCACGUUUAUUCUACAGUAUUAUUUUUGUACUCUAGUUAACGAUUACGAUUGUAUGAUGUACCUGCGGUACGACUCGAGGCUCUGUAUAUACUGUGUUAGUCGGCCCCGCGGUCGAAUGUUAGCGUACAGUCUUUGUAUAUGUGUUAUUUAUAUCGUGAUGAACUCUAUUGACGAUUCGUCAUCGGUGAACGUCUUGCCCGUUCGAUUGGCUGUUGAAAUAAAAAUGAUUGUGAAAUUCUAAA